CCAAAAAAAUGAGCAAAAAAGUGGUAUUGCUCAAAAACGAAACAAUCCCUUUUGAUCCAUAUAAGACAGACUUCAAAAACCGUUCUGUGGACGCCCUUUUUAUUCCAUUACUAAUUCAUCAACCUAUCAAUCAUGGGGAGAUAGUAAAAUUUUUAACAUCAUCAGAGUACUUGGAUAAUUUUCAGGCAUUCAUCAUAACUUCCCAAAGAUGCAUAGAAUCGCUAGACAUUGUGUUAUCAUCCAUAGAAGACACGAACAUUUUACAAAAAAUACUGAAUAAACCAGCUUAUACAGUGGGACCGGCAACAUCUGAAGUUCUUGCGAAACUGGGGUUUGAAGAUAUCAGAGGAGGAGAAAACGCAGGAAAUGGAUCUAUUUUGUCUGAGCUCAUAGUUGCUGACACUUUCUUUCAGAACGGAAACAAAAAGAUAUUGUUUCUGACAGGAGAGAUUCGUAAAGACAUCAUCCCCGUGAAAUUGACUUCGGCAGGUUUUGAUCUUAAAGAAUUAGUCGCUUACAGGACGGAGGUGAUGAAAGAUGUUGUUGAGAGGUAUUCCUCAGUAUACAAUAAUUUGAGUUCAAGUGAUUGUGAAAAGUGGUUAGUAUUUUUCAGUCCACAAGGUACAGAAUAUAUAACCGAGCAUUUAUUAAGUCGAAAUUCAGAUUUCAAGAUUGCGAGCAUCGGCCCGAGCACUGAAGCCUAUUUGCUAGAGAAGGGUAUCAAGCCAGAUUUUGUCGCCAAAAAGCCAAAUUCUGUUUCACUAGUACAGGGAAUACUAGAUGCGUAAUCUAUCAAGGUUUCAUUUCUACUUUACUAGAAAGAAUGUAUAAUUUUAUUCAGUUCCGAUACCACCAAUACGCUUUCGGCCGUAUUUUUGUAGUCCAGCUCCAUUAUGAGAUCUUUUCGGCUCUGAUUCUUAAUCUCGAUUCCUGGUAACUGGAGCUUUCCUGGCUUCAAUGGAACAAAGGUUAGUUGAAACUGGAAAUGCGAACCAUUAUUUUUGAUUGUGUCGUUCAAGUUGAUUUUUGCUUCUAAAUUUUUGACCCCUGAAAUAAUCCACUUU